AUGGCGUAUCAGGACCAUUUCCCUCCCCCCGACCCGAAGCCUGACCCGCGAUAUCUACAACCUCACACCCAAACCUCGUUUUCCUCCGUCGGUAGCAUGCCUGAUCUCGAUCAAGUGCGCUCUCGCGACAAUCCACUUGCGCAAGAUGGUUACACCUCGGAUUCUAGCAGAUACUCGAGGGCUCGACUGCCUAUAAAUGAGGCUGUCAACUCCGCUUUCACGAACUCGGCUGCCACUGCGAGCGCCAUAUCGCCGGAGAUCCUCCAGCAGUUGACCUCACAAAUCACCGCCAACGUUAUCCAGCAACUGAAGGUCUCGAAUCUAUCAGUCCCCAACGCUUCACCCAACCUCAACCCUGAGACCAAAUCUUCGACAGGUGGCUCACCCCCACUUGAUCGAGCAGCCGUCUAUACACCUCCUUCUCCGUUCAUUUCUACCGAAACACAAAGGUCUCCGGGACAUAGCGGCCUUGGUGUUGAUAUGCCCAACGGUGCCAGUCCGCCGCUUGCUGAGAGGCGGCUCUCUCCUCCCCUCAGCCAACAUAGCCAGGCCGAUGAGGAGCGAAAUUUCCGCCCUAAGGGUCCGCAACGAAUCUCAACUGGUGGCGAUAUGACCGUGGUGGAGAAGAUAUGGGGGAAGCUGGUUGACGACCUGGGGGCGCCCACCCCACGACUAGGCCAAUUCCUCAGAGGCAUCGCUAUGCAUCUGAUUCAGGACUAUGAACCCAAAGACAGUCUUGUUGUCACUCCUGCCAAAAUGCAGCGAUAUUACGAAGAGACAAAGUUGGGCUCGGAAUCGUACCCCUGGAAAGACAUCUUCGAUGACCGUACGUCCUCGAUAUCCCGCAUGCUGCGAGAACUCGACGUGCAGCACCAUCUUAUCCAAGAGCGACCGAAUGAGCGCCCAGAUAUACCCUGUCUAACACCGCAAGGAUUCGAGACCUGGUGCACACUGCUUAUCAAAGCGCAUCCCGAGCAAGAACAUCAAAGGCUGGCCAAAACUGCUUUGGAAUUUCCAAUCAGCAAUCCGGACAACAAAAGCGAGCGUUUUCCAAAGGAGCUCUCCCGGCGCCUGUUUCCAAAACAGAGCGAUAGCGCUGUCGAAGCGAAGCUCCGCAAAUCCAUCUCAGUGCAUUGCAAUGUCAAUCUCUCGAGCAGACAUAACAGCGUUGUUCAACCCGAGCAGAAUGUCGACAAUGAGCCACGCGCUUCCAAUGCAGGUCUCAACUCUAACAAUGGUGUUCCGCCUACCCCGCGCGACUUACACGCGUCGGCUGAAAAUAAUCCUCGGGGCCGCCCUCAUUCAUUCUCGAGCUCAUCUGCCACAGGAGGUGCAGUUGUAUCGGACGGUGAUGACACCCCCACCCCACAACCGAUUGAACGUGAGAGGAAGCCUUAUGCUGCUCAGCCCGGUGGUGGUAAAGAAUACAGUAAUACGCAACCACCAGCAUCAGCAUCCGAGCUGAAACCACCAACGGCCGAUGCUGCUAAACUCAAGCGAUCGGCCUCGAACCGCGAAUCUCGGCCACGGCCUGAUGACAACAUCAAACCUCGACCUCCGCCCAUCUCGGUUCAACAGCAAUCUGCCAACACAGCCACUAACUCGGCGCCUAUUGAGAUCCCAGAAUCGCGACAUCGGCAUCGAAACAGUGUCUAUUAUAAAGACCCGCCAUCGACCAAUGGAGGUCCUCGCCGUGCCCGCUCACCGUCAGCGAGCAAGGAUAGUAAGUUCUCUGCGCGUUACUCGGAACCGCAAGAGUCCUUCAAUACGUUCCCGCCUGUUGGUAGCGCACCCGCUGAUUUCGAGCGUGAACGAGACAAGCGUUAUCGCGAUUACGAGGUGCAGCGCGAGCGGUUGGCUGGUGACCGGUAUGACGCUGCACGAAUGUCUGCCUAUGAUCCACGAGACAGAGACAGGGAGCGCGGCGACGUGAGGCCUCGAGGUCAAAGCAUAGCCAGUUAUGGUCAUGCCGAAGAUGAUUACUAUCGCAGUUCUGGUGGAUAUCCACCGCCUGAGCGAGCGAGAGACAACGGUCCUGUGGGCGGAACAUAUGGUGUAAGCGCUGGCUCGUAUACUGCUCCUCCCGGGCCGCACUAUCCUCCGUCAAGUUACCGGGAGGGUCGCUAG